AGACAGGGAGGUUGUUUCUGACGGACGGUGUACUGUGGCACCACUGGUCCCAUCUUGGUUUGAGAGAGAAGGGAGAGCAGAGCAAACCGUCCAUAUUACCGCUGCUUUGUCAGCACUUAUUUUACAGAUACUAAAUGUAAAGCUGACUUUCCACCCCUGACUGACAACCCUCACUCAUCUGUCUGCCAGCACUUUUAACGGUGAUGGACCCUCCUGGUGGGGGAGACGAACGGCGGAGGCAGGCAGAGCGUCUUCGUCGGGAGGAGGCAUACUAUCACUUCAUUAAUGAAUUGAGUGAAGAGGAGUACCGCCUAAUGAGAGACGGCAACCUGCUUGGCACCCCUGGGGAGGUGACAGCUGAGGAGCUUCGGCAGCGUCUUGAUGGAGCGAAAGAGCGCAUGUCAUCUCAGCCCCGUACUGAGCAGCGCUUGCAGACUGCUGAUUCUGGAGAACAGCAGGGCAGUAGCAGUGAGGGAGAGGAGAGAGGGGCUGGAGGGAGACGAGGAGCAGGGGGCACAGAGCCUGGAGCAGAAACUUCUAAUGGUGACUCAUUACUGGAGUGGCUUAACACUUUCAGACGCACUGGUAAUGCUACUCGCAGUGGGCAGAGUGGCAACCAAACAUGGCGUGCUGUCAGCCGGACCAACCCCAACAGUGGAGAAUUCCGCUUUAGCCUGGAGAUCAACAUUAACCAUGAUCAGCCGGAGCCGGGGGAGCAUAAUGAUGCUGCGGACACUGCAGAGCUGCCAGUGACUGCCCCGAACACAACUUCACCCUCUAUACGCACUGCUUCCUCGUUCUCCAACCCUCGCCCUUCAACCACGCCAAGGCCCGUCCCGUACCCCACCCCCCGCCCAGCCCUCAGUAGGAGGAUGCAGACUCGGCGUACACGCAGCAGCACUACCACUCUUUCUAUGAGCCCCCCUGCACUUCCUGCACCAGUGGCCGCCCCAGCUGCUGCUCAGAGGAGAAGUGCUACUUUGCACUCUUUAGCACCACCUCCCACUGUCCCCAACCCUCCUCUCGAUCAAACGACACCUUUGCAACAUCAAGCCCUGAAUGCAGAAGUAGAGCAGGGCAGUGAUGAUAUAUCUCCUUCUAUAGACUGUCCCCGUGUGUCACCGCAGUCUGGGUCUCAGGCCCCAGCAGUGGGACACGAAUCCCGUGGCAGUAGGACUCGAUCACGUGGUCGUGCACGCAGGGCUGCAGCAGGGGGUGGGGUGUCAUCCCGGUUGUCAAGGCGCAGCCGUUCCCCCUUGCACAGAAUACCUGUUGCCAGUACCACUUCAUCAUCAAGCAUUGGUGUCAGUGGCUCUAGCAUCCACACUGUUGAGCCAGGUAGUGGCACAAGCUCUGUUUCCAUGGAGACCGGGGAGGCUGUGGCAGAACCUGUGGCUCUAACAGAGCCUGUUGUAGAGACAAUAGAACGCGAAAGUGAAUCGCAUGUAGUAGGAGCAGGAAGUUCAGCGGUGCGACGGCACCCAACCAUCAUGUUGGACCUGCAGGUUAGAAGGAUUCGACCUGGUGAAAACCGCGAUCGGGACAGCAUCGCCAGUAGAACGCGUUCUCGUGCCCGUGUUGCUGAGAAUACUGUCACAUUUGAAAGUGACAGUGGUGGAUUUAGACGCACCAUCUCCCGCUCUGAGCGAGCUGGGAUUCGUACCUAUGUGAGCACCAUUCGGAUUCCACUGAGGCGCAUCAGUGAGACAGGCCUGGGGGAGCCCAACUCCACCGCCCUGCGGUCCAUCUUGCGCCAGAUCAUGACUGGAUUUGGGGAGCUGAGCUCCUUAAUGGAGACAGAGGCUGAUUCUGAAACUGUUGCACCUAGCCACACAGAUGCAAGUGUUACAAAUAGUAGCACCAGCCCAGCCAGUCGUCUACAUACAAAUGAGAGUGAAGCUGGCCAGGUUGGUACAGGUGGGGUAGAUCAGGAGAGGGUGGGGCUGGUGGGAAGUGAGGAAGACCAGGUUGGGCAGGCCAGGCUCGGAGGAGGUGUAGUGAGCACCACAGAGGGACGAGCCACCAGCAGAGACACCAACAACCUGGUAGAAAAUGGUACUCUACCCAUCCUGCGGCUGGCACACUUCUUCUUGCUCAACGACGAGGAGGAUGACGAACACCCUAGGGGCCUGACCAAAGAGCAGAUUGACAAUCUAUCCACGCGUACAUAUGGUCAGGCCAACCUGGAGGGGGAGAUGGGUCGUGCGUGCAGUGUUUGCAUCAAUGAGUAUGCCCAGGGCAACAAGCUGCGCCGCCUGCCCUGCGCCCAUGAAUUUCACAUCCACUGCAUUGACCGCUGGCUCUCUGAAAACAACACCUGCCCCAUCUGCAGGCAGCCCAUACUCGCUGUGCAUCAUGACUGACCUAUUUGCUCACAAACACAACUAUCAAGUUCCUGGCUGGCUGAACUGAGCAGACCCAAGUGGGCUUUGCAUGUACAUAGCGCUUUCAUGGUUUAAUUUGUUUGAAAAAUAUCCAUUGUGUUGAAGCUGAAGAAGGUUGAACCAAAAGUGCAGAAAAAAGAAACUAUAAAUGCAGAGAAUUAACAAAAUUUUAUUUUUUUAGACUUUGUUUUCAGCAAUGUAUUGUUUUAUUUUUUUCUUCCUAUGACCUGUUUCACUGGUCUCUGUCACAAAGCUUAAGAGGCCCAUGUCAAUGGAUGGCAUUAAUGCUUAAGGAGCUCCUGUAGCUGCUGCUGACUAGUCUCACUAUAACUCUUAAAUGUCUGAUACAUGUGACGUCUCUUUGUCACAACUGGACUACACAAAUCACUUCUAGACCUGAUUUAUUCAGUAUAAGCUGUAAAUAACUCGACACUGCUUGUAUUUAAGAGUUUUGAAGCAAGCCUUUCCUCACAUGCCAUCUGUUUAAAACAAAAGCAGGAAACCUUUUUUUUUUUUUUUUUUAAACAUUCACUAUUUUAAAGCUUUGGCAUCCAUUUUAAAGUGUCCCUUUACAGUUGACUAUGAAAUGUAUGAUUUAUUGGGAUGUGUAUGAGCUAUGUAUUUAAUUUUGAAAUAAGUUUUAUUCUGUAUGUCUAGUAGUAUUUUUUUAAGCCGUUUCCAUACAUGUUCCAUCUAAUGCAAUACAGAAUUCACCCAUAAAAGUCACCUACUAAAAUCAGCCACUUUAAAAUCAUUAACAUUACCCAUAGAAGCAGCACAAUUCAAAUGAAAUGCAGAAGGCAUGUGAUAAUCAGGAAUUCAGAGAUGUAAUUUAGUCUGAGUUGUGCAAUACGGAGAGAAAAGACAGUAUUGUUUGUUUUGCUGUUCAUUGUUUACAUUGUAAUGCCUGAUUAUCAUCUCCACUUAAAAUCAAUCUUGUUUACCCUGAAAUCAAUGUUGCCUCUCGGUUCCUGUUGCUGUUCUAUACCUGACAGACACUUUGUCACCUGCGUCAUGAAGUUACAUUGAGUAGUUAGCUUGAUACACCUGCCGAGCAAAAACCUGGAGCAAGGAAUGGAAGAAUAAAAAUAGAUUUUAUAGAGUUUUUACAGUCGUCCAGCUAACUCCAAAAUCCUUCUUUCGUGAGACAGGUGCUGGAAAAUUGUUGAUGCUUGGAAUAUGUGCUGCAGCUCUGGCUCCAAAACUCCCAUUUUCAGUCACAGUGCAAUGGUUGCAGUCUAAUUUCAGUUCCAGUGCCAGUGCAACACCUGAAUGAAGCAGUGUUAGUAAUAUGAUAUUCCUGUACGCUUUUUAUAAUUUGUCUUUACAUUACAUGCACUGAUGGCAUUUCUAGUGUAGCACAGGUGAAUUAUUUAGCUGAACCACCUAGUCAGUGUGUUGCCGCCAGGGUCACUUUGUACAUCAACAACAGAAGUAAACAGGAGCUAUUACAUCUCUGCAGUUAACAUGUCACUAAUAACACUGCAGGAGUGAUGCAGUAUAGUAUGUACGAGUGUGUGAGAGUGAGCUACAUUUGUAUGGUUUAAUUGUGUGUGCAUGUGAGUUUGCGUGGGUGCUGAAGGGAAGGUCCAGUGUCUCAGCAAGCCUGGUUCUCAGAAGGCUUCUGUUCAUCUUAUGUCCACCGUGAAGACUUGGAGAGGGUUGUGGCCACUGAGCUCAGAAGUGAAUAUUUAUUCUGUUCCUAUUUAAUAAGAUGGAGAUCAACUUUUGAAAUAUGAAUAUGUAUUAUGUUACAAUGUGAUGAAAGUAAACAGUUAAGAUAAAUAUGUUACUAUGUAAUAAAAUGAAGACAUGGGUUUUCUUCUCUGCUCCUUAACAAUGGAAUAAAAUGCAGCUUUGUUAUGCCUGGAAA